UACUUCCACCACGGAAGAGGCAGCAAAACCACGUGUAUUGCGUUUCACAUGGUCCAUGAAGACAACAUCACCAUUGAUGCCGGAUCAAAUAAUGCAAAAGAUACGUGAAGUCCUUGAUCAGAACAAUUGUGACUAUGAGCAGCGUGAAAGAUUUGUACUUUGUUGCGUUCAUGGUGACCCGAAUACAGACUCACUUGUGCAAUGGGAAAUAGAAGUCUGUAAAUUGCCACGACUUUCUUUGAAUGGAGUGCGCUUUAAGCGAAUCUCCGGCACCAGCAUUGGCUUCAAGAACAUUGCGUCCCGCAUUGCUUUUGACCUACGGCUGUGACUUAACCAAACAAACAACGAGGGAAGCACCGAUGCCGCCACUGACACUGUCGCUGAUACCACUCAAGCUGAUACCAUAUCUACUGCCGACUCACAAAUGGCCAGAAGCAGCUCAAAGCUGUCUGAGCUAUCACUAUUAUGCCGCUCAUUAACCAGUCAGCAGGGAUCUCAAAGGCGUAAGAAGAGCAGAUUGUCAACCGGUGUCAAUGAUGAUCAAAAGAAAUCACGAUCGUUAUUAUCAGCUUUUCAUAUGUACUCGCUAUUCAGCUCCAAGGAGAAUGUGAAGUCACGCGAGGUGCUGCCAUGCGAUCCGGCUUCCCCACAAACUGUUGAUAUGCAGCAACAGUUGCCGGCCAGUAAACCAUCAGC